AUGAGGCUCGGUCCUCCGCCCCGGUGGGGCGCGGAAGGGGACGCAGAACUGGACCUGGGCGCGGCGGCUACGGGACCAGGCACCCAACGUCUGCCAGGCCGGGGUGUCCUCGGGCCGCUGGGCCAGGGCCGGCGGGCCGUGGGGGCGGCCCUGCGUGCGCCUGCCAGCCUUGCGGGUCGGGGGCACGGGCUCGGGGCAGGGAGCUCCCGGCUGCCCCUCCCGCCGCCGCCGCCGCCUGGGGGCCCCGGGGCGCAGCCAGGCGCGGGUGUCCCGGGCCCGCCGCGGCGCACGCGGCGUCACCGCACCAUCUUUAGUGAGGAGCAGCUGCGGGCGCUGGAGGCCCUCUUUGCGCAAAACCAGUACCCCGACGUGGGCACGCGCGAGCGCCUGGCCGGCCGCAUCCGCCUGCGCGAGGAGCGCGUGGAGGUCUGGUUCAAGAACCGCCGGGCCAAGUGGCGACACCAGAAGCGCGCGUCGUCGUCCGCGCAGCUCCUAGCCGGACCCGAAAAGCCCCCGAAGGAGGGCUGCUGA